AUGAUCCUGAAGAAGCAGGACAGCAAGCACCUGGACGUGAUCCUGGGCGACGGUGAGGCCCACUUCGCCGUCACUCGCUCGACCAACGCCGACGGCCAGGCUUACCUCGGCUUCUACGUCGAGGGCCAGAAGAUCCUGUCGCCCCAGGCCCAUGGCAUCAUCGGUCAGUUCAACAACAAGACUAUAGAGAUUUUGCCCACUGAGGCUGGCCGUUGUGGAGACGUAGACAGUAGCGCCUUCAUACGAGUCCAGCGCCGCAAUCCGCAAGGGGGCUUCGAGACGUCCCACGUGUGCGGCGAGCGAGGCAGUCGACACUCGGCCCUCAGCGGCAGGGACGUCGAGUGCAUCAACGUUUCCGACAUGGGUUCAGGCCUCUUGGAUCGACGCAGAUACGACCUCCAGUGCCUCGGCUGCGCGGCCAGUCUAACCUAGGACUCGUGAAAUUAAACAGAUCUUUUUAAGUCUCCGUGUGUGUGUCUUCCAGGGCUGCCUGUUGGGCGGAAGAAAAAUGCGACUGAGGAAUAUCUUGAGCUUUAAAACAAACAACAGUUUAAUGUGAAUAGAAUACUAGAUCUAUGUAGAUGAUUGCGAAUGUUUGCGGACCAUAUUUUGCGUAAGACAUAAAGUUUUCCAUGAUUCCUUGUUGCUCUACACCAAUCUUUCUUCCUUUCUCCUUUGGCUCUACGUUUUCUUCUUUGCCCCUUCUUAUUCUCCUUCGGUCCUCCCCUCUCUCGUCUUUCUCCGACUCCCGCUCUUCUCUUCUUUGUCUAUCGACCUUUCGGUAAACAGGACAAGAAACAUAACUGUAUAUUAUCCAAUGUGAAGUGAGGUGUGUGUGGUGCGCAUGCGUGGUGCGAGCAUCCGGGAGUGGUUUUUAAGAAUGGAAGUUAUUGAGCUUUUCAUGACAAUCUUAGAUUUAUAAGUCUUCACUCGUCACUUAAUCGUUUUCAGCAACCGACAUCGAUCUUAAUUAUGUAAUUUAAUGUAUAAUAGGAUAUAAAAAUAAUUAGUAAUUCGUAGAGAGUGAAUGUUACUGUAUCAGUAGAAUGGAUAUAAUUCACUACAUCUCGACAGUCAAUUUAUCCUUGACUUCAGUUUGUAUUGUUAAUUGUGUAACGGCGGGAAAAAAGGAAUUUAGUCACUAAUCUCAAAAGAAAUACCGGAUCGAAAAAAAAAAAAAUUUUCACCCGCUAAGAAAGAAGUCGAACCGACGCCAUAUUGUUGGAACCACUUUUGCGCCAAAGCAGAGUUCAAGUUCUUUCCAAAAGAAUUUUUUUCGUCCUUUUCUUGCCUGAUACACGUGGAAUCAGUGUAAUUUUGGUUCUCACUUUCCAUCCAUACAUUUUAAAAUAUUUUCAGCGUAUUUUAUGAAAUUAGCAUCAGUAGAGGAUUGUGUACACUGUCUGUGUUUAGGCCACCACAACUAACUCCUCCUCAACAAGGGAAAUGUUAUAAUAUUUUAGAUAUAUUUUAAAAUGUAUGUAGAUUAUAGUAGCCAUGAAAAAAUAAAUGCAUUCUCUUUUGCGUGGAACAUAGGUAGAACAAGUGAUUUAUCCAUGAUUGUUAUUCUGCACUGUUCCGCACGCUGAGAUUCCAAGAUGGCCGCCACUAGAUUUCGUCGACUUUAGUUUUAAAAUUUGGAACCUGAUCCUGUCGUUGUUUUGAGAUUAGUGGAUUCAAUUUAAGGUGUAAAAUUUAUCCUAAAUAUUAACUCGUGUACAGUAUACAUUUCUUGGGUUUCAUAACAAUAAACCAUAAAGAAAAAGUGAA